GCUCCCGAGGAAAGAACAGCGCAUAGCGCGAUGCAGGAACAAAAAGACUUGGAUUGCGCGGCCCAAGUGUUGUCUUGGAACAAACGGCUAAUGUUGACGCUGGGCCUCUGGCCUUUUCGACCCAAUGAUUUUAUCUUCUCGAUUAACUUCGAAACGAUUUUCUCAGGACUACCUCAAAUCGUGAUCGACGAAAAUGUGACUCAAAUAAUUUAUCUGUUGCCUUAUCGUUUUCAUCUGUUCUACACGGUCGAGAACAUGCGCGUGUACACGAUCUCGUACGUCUUGGAGAUGCCGUUCGUCUUCGUCAGUGGUUUCGGACAAAGCGCCGCCGACUGCAUUAUGGUCACCCUUGUCUUUCACAUUUGCGGCCAGAUGUCGGUUCUCGCUUUGCGCAUUAACAAUAUAGACACCGGGCUCAGCGAUUGCAAGAGUGAAGUGCGACGUGUGGUGCUCAUGCAUAUACGAUUAUUACGGAUGGGAAAAAUAAUAAGAAAAGCAUUCAAUGUGACGUUGCUGGCGCAUCUUUUAGGAGCUACUUCUCUCGUGUGCAUCCUCGGUUAUCAAAUUUUAACGAAUUUUGCUAAGGGUGAGAGAGGAAUACUUGUUACAUUCUUGAUAUUCCAAUUCUUAGUCCUGCUUAUACUCUACGCUCAUUGCACUGUCGGCGAGAACCUUUUGACAGAGAGUGCUAAAGUGUGUGAAGCGUUUUAUGGUUGCCGUUGGUACGAUAUGUCAAAGAAUAAUGCGCGAAUGAUAAUACUGUGCAUGGCGAGAUCGCAAAGACCGCUCUGUCUGACAGCCGGCAAAUUCACCAUCUUUUGCCUCAGCACUUUAACUGACGUUUUGAAAGCAUCCAUGGGAUAUUUAUCAGUAUUACGUUCCUUUUUGUAACGUCACUGAAGAGCAGUAAUUUUCAAAAUUGUGUGCAAAGAUAAUUUAUAAGUUAAAUACAUUCGUCGCUCAAAUAGAGAUAAAUGUACAAUUUAUAAUAAAGAGAAAAAGAAGA